GCGCUGCGUUUCCUCUUUAGCCAGUGAGCUGUCUACCCACUAGUGGUCAGAGAGGAAGAGAAAGAGCAAAAGGGGAAAAAAGAGUCAAGGAAAUAGUGCAACCCGACUACUUUUGUCUCCGCGGGCCACGGUUGAGCCUUCACUGGGCGUCACUGUCGGUGCGGUCGCGGGGCAUCGUGGGUAAGAGGAAGAUUAGGUCUCACUACUCCGGAAGAUGGCGGACGCAUUUGGGGAUGAGCUGUUCAGCGUGUUCGAGGACGACUCGACCCCUGCGGCCGGAACCAAAAAAGACAAGGAAAAGGGGAAGUGGAAGGGACCACCAGAGGCCGCGGACAAGGCCGGGAAAUGUUUUGAUGGCACAUUACAAUCAGAAUCAACUAACAGUGGAAAAAACAAGAGAGAUUCAGAUUUUGAAGGCACAGAUGAACCCAUUUUUGGAAAGAAGCCCAGGAUAGAAGAGUCAAUAAAUGAAGACUUAAGGCAGUGUGAUGACGAAUAUCCAUUUAUUCUUGAUGCUUUUCAAAGAGAAGCCAUUCAGUGUGUUGAUAAUAAUCAAUCAGUUUUAGUAUCUGCACAUACAUCAGCGGGAAAAACUGUGUGCGCUGAGUAUGCCAUUGCAUUGGCUUUAAGGGAAAAACAGCGUGUAAUAUUUACCAGUCCAAUUAAGGCUUUGAGUAACCAGAAAUACCGUGAAAUGUAUGAAGAAUUUCAAGAUGUUGGUCUGAUGACUGGAGAUGUUACUAUUAAUCCCACAGCAUCUUGUCUUGUUAUGACCACAGAGAUUUUGAGAAGUAUGCUAUAUAGAGGUUCUGAAGUUAUGCGAGAAGUUGCUUGGGUCAUAUUUGAUGAAAUUCAUUACAUGAGAGAUUCAGAGCGUGGUGUAGUGUGGGAAGAAACUAUUAUUUUGCUUCCUGAUAAUGUCCACUAUGUCUUUCUUUCGGCUACUAUUCCAAAUGCCCGACAGUUUGCUGAAUGGAUUUGCCAUUUACAUAAACAGCCUUGUCAUGUAAUUUACACAGAUUAUCGGCCUACUCCAUUGCAACACUACAUUUUUCCAGCAGGGGGAGAUGGCCUGCACCUUGUGGUUGACGAAAAUGGUGACUUUAGAGAAGAUAAUUUUAAUACUGCUAUGCAAGUGCUUCGAGAGGCAGGAGAUUUGGCAAAAGGAGAUCAGAAGGGACGGAAAGGAGGAACAAAAGGACCAUCGAAUGUGUUCAAAAUUGUGAAGAUGAUUAUGGAAAGAAAUUUUCAACCUGUGAUUAUUUUCAGUUUUAGUAAGAAAGAUUGUGAAGCCUAUGCACUUCAAAUGACCAAAUUAGAUUUCAACACAGAUGAAGAAAAGAAGAUGGUUGAAGAAGUAUUCAGUAAUGCAAUUGACUGCUUGUCUGAUGAAGAUAAAAAGCUCCCUCAAGUUGAACACGUACUUCCUCUUUUGAAGCGGGGGAUUGGUAUUCACCAUGGUGGUUUACUUCCUAUUUUGAAAGAAACUAUAGAAAUUCUUUUUUCUGAAGGAUUGAUAAAGGCCUUAUUUGCCACAGAGACUUUUGCUAUGGGAAUUAACAUGCCAGCUAGAACUGUUUUAUUUACAAAUGCCCGCAAAUUUGAUGGGAAGGAUUUUCGAUGGAUUUCCUCUGGUGAAUACAUUCAGAUGUCUGGUCGUGCCGGAAGGAGGGGGAUGGAUGAUAGAGGUAUUGUAAUUCUUAUGGUGGAUGAAAAGAUGAGCCCAACAAUUGGAAAACAACUACUUAAGGGCUCAGCCGAUCCUCUAAAUAGUGCUUUCCAUUUGACCUACAACAUGGUUUUGAACUUACUGCGUGUAGAAGAAAUUAAUCCUGAGUACAUGUUGGAAAAAUCCUUUUACCAGUUUCAGCAUUAUAGAGCAAUUCCAGGAGUAGUAGAGAAGGUAAAGAACUCAGAAGAACAGUAUAAUAAAAUAGUAAUUCCCAAUGAAGAAAGUGUAGUCAUCUAUUAUAAGAUUAGACAGCAGCUUGCCAAACUGGGUAAAGAAAUUGAAGAAUAUAUUCACAAACCAAAAUACUGCUUACCAUUUCUACAGCCAGGUCGUUUGGUAAAGGUAAAGAAUGAAGGAGAUGACUUUGGCUGGGGAGUAGUGGUGAAUUUUUCAAAAAAGUCAAAUGUUAAGCCUAAUUCUGGUGAACUGGAUCCUUUAUAUGUCGUAGAAGUACUUCUGCGCUGUAGCAAAGAGAGCUUGAAAAAUUCAGCUACUGAGGCUGCAAAACCAGCUAAACCUGACGAGAAAGGAGAGAUGCAGGUUGUCCCAGUUUUGGUGCAUCUCCUAUCUGCUAUCAGCAGUGUUAGGCUUUAUAUUCCUAAAGACCUUCGGCCAGUGGACAAUAGACAGAGUGUUUUAAAAUCCAUACAGGAAGUUCAGAGACGUUUUCCCGAUGGUGUUCCCUUAUUAGAUCCUAUUGAUGAUAUGGGCAUUCAAGAUCAAGGGCUGAAAAAAGUCAUUCAGAAAGUAGAGGCUUUUGAACAUCGCAUGUAUUCUCAUCCACUUCACAAUGAUCCAAAUUUGGAAACUGUGUAUACACUUUGUGAAAAAAAAGCACAGAUUGCAAUAGAUAUUAAAUCUGCAAAGAGGGAACUAAAGAAAGCAAGAACUGUCCUACAAAUGGAUGAACUCAAAUGUCGCAAACGUGUUUUAAGAAGGUUGGGAUUUGCUACUUCAUCUGAUGUCAUAGAGAUGAAAGGACGAGUGGCGUGUGAGAUAAGCAGUGCUGAUGAGCUCCUUCUAACUGAGAUGAUGUUUAAUGGCCUUUUCAAUGACCUUUCUGCAGAACAGGCAACGGCAUUAUUAAGCUGCUUUGUGUUUCAAGAGAAUUCUAGUGAGAUGCCCAAAUUAACUGAGCAGUUAGCAGGACCACUUCGUCAAAUGCAGGAAUGUGCUAAAAGAAUUGCAAAAGUUUCAGCAGAAGCCAAAUUGGAAAUUGAUGAGGAGAUUUAUUUAAGCUCAUUCAAACCUCACUUAAUGGAUGUAGUUUAUACAUGGGCAACUGGAGCCACAUUUGCCCAUAUCUGCAAAAUGACAGAUGUCUUUGAAGGUAGCAUAAUUCGUUGUAUGAGGCGCCUGGAAGAAUUACUUCGACAGAUGUGUCAAGCAGCAAAAGCCAUUGGAAACACUGAGCUGGAAAAUAAAUUUGCAGAAGGAAUCACCAAGAUCAAGAGAGAUAUUGUGUUUGCUGCCAGCCUCUACUUAUAAAUAGUCAGCUAAAGAAAAGUGGAAUUUUAAAUUAUUUACCACCUGUCUGAUUACAGUUGACUACAUACCAGUGCUUACAAGUGUUGAAUUGGUUCUCCCAUCUCAAGACAAUUGUCCUCAAACAUUUUAAUAUGUAUUAUAUUUAAAUCAAACAUCCUAAGAAAUCAUAUUACAUACACAUUUGUACAUAAGCAUUACAUUUUUUAAUAAAAAAUGUACAGGUGAGGCA